AUGGCAGAUCUCAGUACGCCACCUGAUGUUCCCGCCACAAAUGAUGACCAAGCCCCCGCCCCUAUUGUCACCCCGUGGGAAGUAUCAGGCAUCAUCGACUACGACAAGUUGAUAUCCCAAUUCGGUUCCCGUCCCAUCUCCCCGGAACUUCUUGCCCGCUUCGAAGCCCUCACCGGCCACCGUCCUCAUCUCUUUCUGCGACGAGGUAUCUUCUUCUCCCAUCGCGAUCUCGAGGCCCUCCUCAACAACUACGAAGCAGGCAAGAAAUUCUACCUCUACACUGGCCGUGGGCCCUCGUCCACUGCCCUCCAUCUCGGCCAUCUUGUUCCUUUCAUCUUCACAGCUUAUCUGCAAAAAGUUUUCAACGUUCCGUGCGUCAUUCAGCUUACCGAUGACGAAAAGUUUCUCUUCGCCAAGCAACAGAAGGGCGAUAAACCACCACCACCGAUCGAGCAUUUUAUGGGCCUCGCUCGCGAGAACGCAAAAGACAUCAUCGCUGUUGGUUUCGAUCCCGCAAAGACCUUUAUCUUCUCGGACACCUCCUACAUCGCCUCGCUUUAUCUAAACGUAUUGCGCAUCCAGCGCAUUACCACAUACAAUCAGGCCCGCGCCAUCUUCGGCUUUACGGACUCGGAUAACAUCGGCAAACACGCCUUCCCGGCCGUCCAGGCUGCGCCGUCAUUCUCUACAAGUUUCCCUGUCGUCCUUGGCGGUGCCGUCGAUAUUCCGUGUCUCAUUCCAUGUGCUAUUGACCAGGACCCAUAUUUUAGACUCACGCGAGACGCAGCACCGAGGCUCAACUACCUCAAACCGGCACUCAUUCACUCAAAGUUCUUCCCGGCGCUUCAAGGUGAUAAUACUAAAAUGUCUUCCUCUCUUGCAGAAUCUGCUAUCUUCCUGGACGAUACGCCCAAAAAGAUCAAGACAAAGGUCAACAAGUAUGCCUUCUCGGGAGGCAGGGAGACUGUGGAGGAGCAUCGACGACUCGGAGGGAACGUCGACGUAGACAUUUCUUACCGAUACCUAACGUUUUUCUUGGAGGAUGAUGAGAAACUUGAGCACAUCCGGGCUGCUUACUCGUCCGGUGAAAUGCUGUCUGGGGAAAUCAAGGCAGAGCUCAUCAAGGUGUUGCAACCUAUCGUUGCCAACCAUCAGACUAGACGUUCUGAAGUCUCAGAUCAAGUUUUAGAUCAGUUUUUCGCCAUCCGGCCAUUAGAAUUUUAA